AUGUCCUCCCCAUCCCUGGAUCUGGUGGUGUCAGUUCUGUACUCAGUGGUGCCUCCAGCCCUGAACCCCCUCAUCUACAGCCUGAGGAACCAGGAGCUCAAGGCUGCAGUGUUGAGAGUGGAGCUGCAGGCGGCGGCGGCGCAGGUCAAGGCUGCACACCCCGGGGUGAUGGUGGAGGCCAGUGGGGGCAUCGUUUUGGAGACCCUCCCCCAGUUCUUGGGGCCCCACAUCGAUGUGGUGUCCAUGGGGUGUCUGACCCACAGUGCCCCCGCCCUGGACUUUGCACUCCUUUUCUAUCAAAGCAUGGAGAGGAGAGCCCCGAGGCAGCCCAGGGUGGCCUGGGAGGAGGAUGGGGCUCCCCAGGAAAGCAGCUCCCCAGUGGAGCCCUACGAGGUGACAAUGGUGCAGCCCCUGCAGAUGGGUGCCGCUGGGUUCGCUGUGUGUGAGGAGGAGCAGGAAGCCAUGGCAUUCAUCCAGGCCUUUGUCAGGCUCUCUUGCCCGAUGCAGGAUGACAAGCUGCAGUUCCUGGAGAGCAUCCGCAGCCUGUGCAGGAGUGCCACGAACCGUGGCUCGUUAGCAGGCCUGGAGCGCUUCUGUCGCAGACAUGAGCUGGCAGAGAAGAUCGAGGCGCUGCUGAGCGAGGAGCCCCAGAAGCAGAUGCGCACAGAGCUGCAGCUGCUUGCCAUGCUGGCCAUCACCCAACUGAGCUCUGUGCUGCCCGAGCUGCUGGACAACACACAGCUGAUCAGCUCCUGCUUUCGGAGUGUUCUUCUUCUGCCUCCAGAAGAGGAAAUGACAGGCCUGGAGGCUUCCCUCUACACUCAGACCGUGGAUGCCAUGGACAUCCUGCUGAAGGCUGUGGUGCUCAAAUCUGGCGAGGUGCUGCAGGACGUCUUGGAGGUGCUGCUCACCUUCACCAGCUCUGAGAGAGCCGUUGUGCGGGAGAGGGCCUUGCAGAGGAUUUGCAGCCUGAGCCAUUGGCUGGCCAGCUGUUCCACUCUGGAGGCUGGUCAAUAUGAGGAUAGAGAUGAUGACUGUGGACAGAUCCAGAUCCCAGUCCUUGGGAAGUUGUUUGGACGUCUCAUCCUCAUGGCAUUUGAGGAAGAAAAGACCAACCAUGUGGCUCUGGAUGCUCUCUACGCCCUCCUCAAUUUCAUCUCUCAGCAGCAACGUGUGACACUGCCAGAGGACAAUGCACAGCUCCAAGCACACUGGGAAGAUGGGAUCAGCUCCUCACUUCAUUCUCCUAAUGCCAAGGACUUCAUCGAGGCUGUUGGAAAAUACCUGGGACCUUCUGAGAGGACAUACAUCAUCCUCUCAACCAUUACGAUGUUCCGCUACUCAUCUCCCUGCAAUCAUCAGGUGGCUCUCAGCAUGCUGGAGGUGAUUGGGAGAGACCCUGACUGGUGGCUGAUGGAUGUGCCAAAAAUCGUGAGCCACAUCUACCACACUGGGUUGGUCACGGACAGCCAAGUCCAGCACAGCCUCCACUGCCUGCUUCUCUUGGUGGCUGACAGGAGUCCUGGGCAGGUGGUCACAACACUGCUGCAGAUCGCCCCACGAGGAGAUAGGAAUGCCCUCAGUUUGUGGGAGGUGAUGUUCUCGGUGCCCCAGACGGUAGAGAAGGUCUUGAAGGAGCUUCGUGUCCAACUCCAGGACCUGAAGAAUGGCAUUUUCCGGACAUUGGCUGAAAACGACUGUCUCUCUUACUUGGCUCUGCUGGCCUCCGAAGAUGUGCAAGAGGAGGAAUUCGCUCCAUUGUACAAAACCUGCAGGUUUCUGCUGUAUUCAGCCAACAGCACAGACAGAGAGAUAACCUCCCUGCUGCUCAGGGCCCUCAUCACACUGUCCAACAGAGAGGACAGGGCGAGAAAAAUGAAGGUCCUGCUGCCAGACCUGAUGAACCUGUUGCGGCAGAACUGCACAUCUCUGGUGAUGAUGGCCCUGAUGGUCCUCCAGAACAUGAUGAAGUGCUUGAAGAGGACCGAGGCCAGUUUAAUUGCUGUGGAUGUGGCGAGGGUACUCUGGUACCACUUUGAUGAGGAGGAAAGCUGGGUGCGGGAGAGCUGCAUCAGCUCCUUCAGAGACCUGGUGAGGACAGUGGUGGGGAAGGAGAAGAAGUGGAUGAAGAACUUCGUGCACACUGUCCUGGCCCCGCUCAUCCUUCACAUGAACGACGAGGCCCCCAAAGUGGGCCAGGCCUCCAGGAAUGCCCUCCUUGCCAUCGCAGAGCUCCUCAAGUGGAAGGAGAUGAAGCAUGUGGUGAAGACACGGCAGACCUGGAAGAUGGCUGAGUGCUUGAUGAAAAAGGACAGCAGCAGGGCUGAGCAGUACCUUCUUCAGAGCCUGAAGUACCUGAAGGACCCUCAGGAAUGCGUGCGAGACUCGACUAUCAGGUUCAUUGGGACCAUCAUGCGGCAUGUCAAGGACCAAAGCACGGAGGUGCCUGCUCUGAUUGUCAGAGAGCUUCAGGCCUUGGAGAAAGAUGGCUGUGAAUUCAUCUGUUGCCUGGCAGCUCAGACCAGCUUGAUCCUGAGCAGGCUGAGGGAGCAGCAAUCACCAGCAGGGUCCCGAUGCUCUCUGUGGUGCUGGCACCGCUGAGCUGGGGGCCUCUUGUGUCCAGAGUGGCACAUUCAGGCCAGACUGAGCAGGAACACCCUCCCGCUGAUUCACAAGGUGCAGAAAGGACUGCUGACUUCCUGAGGUUCUUCUCAGAGAAGGCUCUGGGUGUGGUUGGAUCCAGGCUUGGUCAGCACUUCGUCAUACAUCGUUGAGCCUGGACAUCACAUUGUUCUGAGGAUUAUGGUUGGCAAACCAACUAUAGCUGUAAAUAGUUUAUUUGUAAAUAAAGUUAGUU